AUGAAUUCCUAUAAUAGAUAUAGUUCUAUAUUCUUAUUAGUCGCUCUUUUAGUUUUCGGUGUAUUGUCAAACACCACCACAUUCGCUUUAACAAUCAAAGAAAAGCGUGGCUCGGAUAAUUCGACGACAGAGACCACCUGUGAAUUAAUAUUCAAUACCAAAGUAUGCUCUGCUUGUCAACAAGCAAUCCACAAAAUAAGAGAUAAUUCCGACGCUUCCUUAGUAGAUUGUUUGGCACUUUACGAUGUCAAUACCGAAAGAACAUAUGAUUUAUUAAUUAAAGAUCUGGACGCGACAUGCAAAAGUCCAUGUGAUAAUAAAAUAAUUCAAAAUUUAAAUACACAAAUACAAACGGAUUGUAAAGAUGAAUUAACAAAAUUCCUGCAAACUACGACCAAUCCUGACAACAGUUCAGAAGACAAUAGUAAUUCGGAUGAUGAUGGAACUGAUGAAAUUAUUGCGGCUGGUGAUGCUUGGAUGAUGAUUUAUAGUAUAAUUCCAUUACAUCAAAGUAUUUGCGCUAAAAAUUCUAAUGGUGGUGGAUAUAGUGUGAUUGAGGUUAGAACAGCUGCAUCAAACUACGUUUCCCGCUUAUCAAAUGGUGAAUUCACUCAAGCAAUGGUGAAUUUCGCACCACCAGAUGCUCAACUAUCUUAUGGCUCAGCUGGAGGCAAUCAAACCUAUGUCACUCUACCCGAAGAUAUUUUGUGCAGCAACUCUUAUCAAAAAAUGUCGACUCCUUGGAUCGAUUACACAAAUAAUAAUCCUUUGACUGUUGACGCGUUGCAGACAUAUGUGAAAGGUGUCAUGGCACCCAUCAUUGGAAAUUCUACUAGCUUAUGCGCAAAAUCCAGUGGUGUCGCAGGAAAGACAAGUGAAUUGGGCAUUAUGCAACUAUUGUUGAUUGUUUCCUUGAGUCUAAUUUCUUAUACAUUGUGA